AUGGUUGAAGAAGAGAACAAAUAUAUAGCCCUUGACCUUGACGGCGAUGACUAUGGUUUACUAUCUACGAUAAGUUUUUUCUCUCAGGCAUCCGAGCAUGAACAGAAUGUUGAUGAGCCUAUUGGCGUUAAAAAUAGUGAAGGUAAUUUUGUUGUUGAUCCAUAUAUUGGAAUGAAGUUUUCUACUCAUGAGGAAGCUUAUAAUUUCUACAAUGCAUACGCUAGACUUAAGGGAUUUAGUGUUCGCAAGGGUCACACAACUUGGUCUAGAAAGAAAGUUGCAAUCAUAUCUAGAAUAUAUGUAUGUGACAAGGAAGGUUUUAAAUUUUUAAAAGAUAAAAGAGAAGAUGGUCGGAAUGUAGUUCGAAAGUUCGAUACAAGAUGUGGACGCAAUGUAAGGAUGGUUAUUGGACUCGAUAGAAGCACUGAAAAAUGGGUGGUCCGAAAUUUAAACAUUAAUCAUAAUGGUCAUCCAUUAACCACCCCAAAUCGGGUAAAGAAGCACUACUCACAUCGGACACUUCAUCGAGCUCAAUCGACAAGAAGGUUGAUAGAUACUCUUGACAAUCAAGGUUUACGGCCUUCUACCAUUUGUAAGGUUGUAGACGUUGCUCAUGGAAAUGAGCAAGGCUCUCUCACUCAACAAGAAUGCCAAGCACAACUUAGAAUAAAACGAAAAAAUAAUGUCGGUCAUGAGUGCGUGAGCAUAGUUCGUCAAUUUCAAGAGAAAAAUGUAACUGAUCCUCAAUUUUACUUCGCAUUUGAUUUAGAAAAUGAUGGGACGAUGAGAAGUGUUUUUUGGAUGGAUGGAAUGAUAUCUACUCAGCGGAGUGAGGGAAUUAAUGCCUUUUUUGAUCAUUUUGUGAAUGCAAAUACCGAGUUACAUGAUUUUGUUAAGCAAUAUAAUAAAGCUGCUGAAGCUCGCCGAGCCGCUGAACUUGAGCAAGAUUUUAAGUCCACAAACUCUAAAGAACACAAGGAUAGUUACUCCAUGCUUCAUGAGAGGUUGUCGAAGGAUGGCGCAAGUGCUACUUAUGCCGUUUGGAAUAUAGAUCGCGAGGCUGGGAGGAAAAAGACGGUAAAGCAUCAUGUUGUUUUCGAUGCAUCCAAAGAUAAAAGAAUUAAGUGCUCUUGUGCGAAAUUUGAAAUGGAAGGUAUAUUAUGCAAACAUAGCUUGCACAUUUUAGUAAAGAAGCAAGUAUUAGAAAUUCCAUCAAGAUAUAUUAUGCAACGAUGGACAAUUAAAGCAAGACAUGUUGGUUGCGGAGUUGUUAGAAAUUGCAUUUCAAAUAGUGAAAACCAACUUUCUAUCAUUAAACAUUGGGCCCUUAGGAGUAGAUGUAACAAGGCACUAGAAGAUACAUUGACUUCAAGUACACUUUACGAUAAGUUCAGUGCUUUUUUAGACUCAUUUUUUGAAGAAGUUGGUGCUUACAAGAAAGAAAAGGAACUUAACGAUAAUGGAAAUGAGAGCAAUGCCAGCAAUAAGAUGCCUACUUCAUCCAUACCCAUCUCUGUAGAGGACGCAACUCAAAUCACUAUUCGUGAUCCAGAUAAGCCUAUUGCCACGAAGGGACGACCAGCACAAACUACUAGAAUUAAGUCUGGAAUGGAGAUAGCACAAGAAAAGGGUAUGAAAAAACAAAGAUUUUGUGGAUUUUGUAAGGGAAAAGGACAUUAUAUAACGAGUUGUCCUUUAGCUAAGGUGAAAAAUGUUGCAGGUGGUGGUCGAGAAAGUUAA